CAUGUUUUCAUUUGAGGUUAUGCUGGCCAUUGUGCUGCCCGAGACGGGCCUCCCCCACCAAGGCAGGCGUGUGUGGGUCUUUUCAGAUGAAUGACGACGGGCCGCCCAACCACGCGGGAAGGGAAAUGCUUGAAACAUGUUUCAUGGGAAGAGAGAGGGACGAUUUCCUGGGACAAAGCAAUCAGUAGCUAAAAACAGAUGGAGUCACUAUAGCAGCGAUAGCGUAGCAGAUCUGCUGGCAGAUUUCAACAAAGGGAAAAGGUGAAGCGCGCGUCUAUCUCUUGAGUCACUUGUCCCAUCGGACAACGAUUCGAGGGCGCGCGCCAUAGGCACAAUCAUGGUUGCUCUCCAGGAACGAGUGGCACAGUUGCAGCAAAGAGUGGGAAGCGAUCAACUGGACAGCAGCAGCCGCCGACGUCACUUGCAGUUCCUGAGACGCAGCCAAUCACACCCCUGUAUUGGCCAAAAUGCUCGAAGCGACCCAGCUGGCUAGCAGGGUUCCCAUGGGGUUUCAAGCCGCCGUUGGGGGCCUCAAAAAGCUUCCAGGGCAUCAUUUCAACUCUGGAGCUCCUCUUAUCUCAACAUAUCCAUGAGUGCUGGCCGGCACGAGAUCGACAAGAGUACCAAGCCGGGUCGACGGCCGUCCAGUUCCACCUAGUCAUACCUCCGUACUUGUACACCGCAGUUCUGCUUUGGUUUUUAUUAUUGCUCAGUCCUCGUCCUACUCAGCAAACACCUCCACCGCUCCCAUCUACAACGCGCCUUGACGGGAACUCUAACACCACGCAGUGACAACCCCUUUUAUGCAUGGACUACGAUAGUUGAGCAUCGCUCUCGCCGUGGCAGGUUCACGCUGCGGAGCUUCCACGAUAACAAUACGAUCCAUACAUUCUUCUAGCCCCUCAACAUGGCUACCCCUACCCCGGACGUCACCGACCCGGUGACGGAGACGUUAUCGACGAUAGCGUCGGUGUCCACGUCCCUCUUGGAAACGAUAUUGUCUUCGUCAACAGAGGCGCUGUCGACAACAUCAACGCAGGCUGCCACGACAACGAGCAGCAGCGCAGCCGAGGCGCCUACUGGGCCAACAGACGGGCGGCCAGGAUCAGGACAGCAGGACCGUGGAAUAAGUUUAGUGGCUUUUGUGACUGCAUUGGCCGCUUCGUUGAUUGUUUUCGGAGUGCAGAUGGGCUUCUUUUUGCUAUUACGGAACAAGCUGGUCAGAAUCUUCAAGCCGAAAACCUACCUGGUUCCCGAACGGGAAAGAACAGAACCACCACCCGCCAGCCAUUUUGCACUCAUUUAUAAGCUCAUGGCGUUCAGGGAUCGCGAGAUCAUCAAGAAAUGUGGACUCGACGCCUACUUCUUCCUACGAUAUCUACAGACUUUACUGAUCAUCUUUAUUCCUAUCGCUCUCGUCGUCAUUCCGAUCUUGGUACCUAUCAACUUUGUUGGCGGACUCGGCAAAUCGGUUGUUGAGGAUUUGAAGGAUGAUGAUGGCAACCCUAUCAACAAGACCAAUCUAGACCUGCCAACCGGAUUAGACACGCUAGCCUGGGGUAACGUUCCCCCGGAAAAGCAACAUCGGAGAUGGGCUCACCUGAUCCUUGCGCUUCUUGUCAUUAUCUGGGUCUGCGGUGUGUUCUUCUUCGAACUUCGCGUAUACGUCAAGAUCCGACAGGACUACUUGACCAGCGCCGAACACAGAUUACGAGCCUCGGCGAAUACGGUCCUUGUGAGCUCCAUACCGGACAAGUGGCUCAGCGAAGAGGCCCUGAGAGGUCUAUUUGAUGUGUUUCCGGGGGGCAUUAGAAAUGUCUGGUUGACGCGGGAUUUCACACCACUCCUCGCCAAAAUUCACAAACGCGAUGCUAUUCACAAGCAACUCGAGGCAGCCGAGAGCGACCUCAUCCGGGAGGCGAAGCGCAGGCAGUUGAGACAGUCUAAGGAAGGCGGACUGAGGAAGCGCUUCACUUCUGAAGGCAGAGCAAAUAAAGUUCAACGAGCUCAACAAGCAAAGGCUCAGAACUUGGAGGCUCAACGGCGCGCUGAAGGCCCCGGAGGCUUGAGCGCCAACACUCCAAGAAUCCCGCACAGUGUGCAAGAAGAGGUGGCGGAGGAAAAGAAGCCGGAGGGCGAUCUCACUGAUGUGCAGGAGGAGGGAUCCGAGGAUACCGAGGCCGAUAAUCAGCGCGGCAAUCCUCUCACCAAAAUUGGACGCGGCUUGGGUAAGGGCCUAGGCAAGGGCGCCGCGGUGGUCAGCGGGGCCGGACUAGGUAUUCUCGGAGGAGCAAAGGCUGUCGGAAAAGGCAUCGACAAUGAGUUGGAAAGGUCUGGAGGGUUCACCGUGAUCAAUCAACCCGAGGGGCGAGCUCCGUCUCCUGGUAACUCGCCCACCUCGGAUGUUUCGUCCCCACGAAGAGCCCAGAUUGCCGUCGACGAGGACGACAAGCCUAGAACGUCGUACGCCUCCGAGAGGCCACUUACCCAGUCCACCAGGCAUCAACAUACGACAUCCAACGCCACCAACGAGACCGACUCAAGGCACGACGAUUUUAACCCCAGAAGCUUUGGAAACACAACUCGAAAGGCUACCAACAUGGACGAGAUGAUUGUGAAUAAGAAGACGUAUUGGUUCCAGUUUUGGAAGCCACCAACUGGCAGCUAUGCAUCCCCAAUCCCCCAGGGGUACGAGGGUGGCGAGUACCCGUGGAUCAAGACAGAGAAGAAGUCAUUCUGGGAGAAAUUCAAGAGCUCAUUGCCUUGGGUCGAAGAUGAAUCCGAUCCGGUGGAAUACCCACCGGCUUAUAACUACGACUACAGGACGCACCCAGAAGAUGGUGCUGAGUGGACGAAGUGGCUCAAACCAAAGAACCGCCCACAACACCGUGUAGCGAAUUUCGAUUGGACCCCUGACUGGUUGCCUGGCCUGCCUUUCAUCAACAAGAAAGUCGACACCAUCUACUGGUGCAGAGAACAGCUGGCCCAACUCAACAUGGAGAUUGAGCAAGACCAGCAAAACCCCGAACGCUACCCUGUCAUGAACUCGGCGUUCAUCCAGUUCAAUCAUCAAGUGGCUGCCCAUAUGGCUUGCCAAUCAGUAACUCACCACGUACCGAAACACAUGGCACCCCGUAUGGUUGAGAUAUCGCCCGACGAUGUCAUCUGGGACAACAUGGCCAUAAUGUGGUGGAGCGCAUGGCUUCGAAGGGCGGUUGUGUUUCUUGUCGUGGCAGGCAUGAUUAUCCUCUGGGCUAUCCCCGUUGCCUGGACAGCCUCGCUGUCACAAAUAGACGCGUUGCUCAAGCAAUAUCCGUGGCUUAGCUUCAUUAACAGCAGCGAGACACUCACGAACAUCGUCAAGGCCGUGGCUGGUGUGUUACCCGCCAUUGUGCUGGCCAUCCUGCUGGCGCUUGUCCCUGUCGUCCUCGACCUUCUGGCGGAAUUCCAAGGAGAGAAGACGGGAUCCUUGAAGUCAGAAAUGGUCCAGAUCUAUUAUUUCGCCUUCCUUUUUACCCAAGUCUUCCUCGUUGUCUCUAUUGCAGCAGGUACCUUCCAGGUCCUAGAGGAGCUGGGGAAAAGUCCACAGGAAACGCCUAACAUUCUAGCCCAGAACAUUCCCAAAGCUGCUAACUACUUUUUCUCCUACAUGAUUCUCCAGGCUUUGUCCACGAGUUCGGGUACCUUGCUGCAGAUCGGAACACUCGCCGUUUGGUAUUUCUGGGCUCGGAUCGUCGACAACACAGCGCGGGCAAAGUGGGUUCGGAACACGCAGCUCCCGCACAUCAACUGGGGCUCCUUCUUCCCCGUGUACACGAACUUCGCCUGCAUCGCCCUCAUCUACUCUAUCGCCGCGCCCAUCAUUUCCAUCUUCGCCAUCAUCACAUUUGGUCUUCUAUGGGUCGCUCACCGGUACAAUAUGUUGUACGUCACGCGCUUCAAGACCGACACUGGCGGCGUGCUUUAUCCACGAGCAAUCAAUCAGACAUUCACCGGACUGUAUGUCAUGGAGCUUUGCCUCGUGGGUUUGUUCUUCUUGGCUCAGGAUGAGAACAACAAGCCAGCCUGCAUUCCUCAGGCUCUGAUCAUGGUUGUCACACUCUUUCUCACCGCGCUGUACCAAUACAUCCUUAAUGCGUCGUUUGGUCCGCUGUUCCGGUACCUGCCCAUCACCUUUGAAGACGAGGCUGUCCUCCGCGACGAAGCUUUCCGACGAGCACAGGAGCGCCGACUCGGCCUCUACGACGACGAUGAAAAUACCCAUCUCAACGGCGUUAACGGCACCGGCGAUGGCGAGGACAUUGAGCUCGAGAAAAUCGGCCAACACAAACGCUCCCACUCCCGAACGGGGACCGUCAUGUCCAAGAUGACCCACGCGGGACAGUGGGCUGCCAAGGGCGGAAAGCAGAUUAGACGUGCUACUGGCAAGACUAACCAGGCGAUCCGCACCGCGGCCGACUACCGCAAACAGAAGCGGCAAAAGGACCUCGAGGCUCAGCGCGCGAUGGGUGAUGCUUUGUACGGGGGUUAUUGUGAUGCUGUGGAGGACUUGACGGCGGAGGAGAGGGAUGUUUUGGUACGCAAGGCGUUUCAGCAUUCGGCGAUGCGGGCGAGGAGGCCGAUUGUGUGGAUUCCGAGGGAUGAUUUGGGGGUGAGCGAUGACGAGAUUGGGAGGACGAAUGAGUUUAGCCAGUAUAUUUCGAUUACGAACGAGGGGACGGCGCUCGAUAGCGAGGUGAGGGUGGUGUAUGGGAAGAAUCCGCCGGAUUUUUCGGAUGUGGAUUUGAUUAACCUAUGAGGAAAAGGGGUGAGGAGGAUGAAGUUGAUGAUAAUGGGAUAUAUGAUGGGGGCGGUAGAGACGGGGGGUUGUACAGAUAAUUGUGAAAGGGAAAUACCCAGGUGUUGUUUUGUUUUGUUUUCUAAUUGUGUUCUUUAUUGCUUAUCUUUUGGUUAGUAAGGAGGAUGAUACUGGAUACAAUUGAGUAGAGAGGGAGAAAGAAGAAGAAGAAGAAAAGGAAGCAUUAGACCAUGCGUGGCAUGUCUAUAAUGAAGCAUACGGCAUAGCAUCAUUUGUUUUUGUUGUAGAUGUAGAUGGGGUGAAUAAUGUUGGGUUAUAUAUAUCUUGGAUCGCAUUCUGGUUUUUGGGGCGCGUUUAGUGAUUGAAUGUUCAAUUUGCAUACCAUACAUAAUAGACAGCGCUUGCUUGUUCAGGCGAAGGGAAGAGAGUUAUACCAUGUCUCUGCCUAAAGCUCGUGUUUCUGGC